GACAAGACCUUAGUAUAAAUGCAUGCCAAGAUUAUUCGUGUAUCAUAUUGUUAAACCAUAUCGCUAAGAUGUCUAAUAUCUCACAGAAGUCAAAGGAAGAAAAUCGAAAUAGUCUAGGUACUAUACCCAGUCUUUCAGUUCAAGAUAAUGAACAAAUCCCACAAGCUCUACAGCCUGAGGACUCAAGCAGUGAAAUACUGCAAAAAUCUCAUAACGAUGAAGUAUUUAUAGAAAGUAAUGCUGGAGAUGGUACUAGAAGAGAAGAUCAAUAUGUUAAAGGGUAUAAACUUGUAAUUACCGUAAUUUCAUUAUUGCUUACGAUAUUUAUUACUGCAAUAGAUCAAACUAUUGUGGUGACCAUUCUUUCUGAAAUUGGUGAUGCUUUUAAUGGAUUUGAUAAAAUUAAUUGGUUAAGUUCGGGUUUCUUAUUAUCCGUUGCAGUUUUCACAACUGUUUGGGGGAAAUUUUCAAUUAUUAUUGGAAGAAAGAUUGCUUUAAGUAUUGCCAUUGUUCUUUUUGAGAUUGGAUCUUUAAUAUGUGCAUUAUCAACCAGUAUGAAUAUGUUAAUUGUAGGAAGAGUUGUAGCUGGUAUAGGUGGAGGUGGUGUUCAAUCUUUAGUAUUUAUUGUUAUUAGUGAAAUUAUCCCAAUUGAAUAUAGAAAUUUUGGAAUGAUUUUAUUAUCAGUCAAUUUUUCAACUGCUUCAGUUAUUGGACCUUUAAUUGGAGGUCUUCUUUCGAAAAUUAGUUGGAGAUGGUGUUUUUAUAUUAAUUUACCUAUUGGAGGUGUUGCAUUAUUAUUCUUACAAUGGGCUUUUAAUCCUCCUCGUCCUAAGGGGAAUAUUUUAAAGAAGUUAAAAACUAUUGAUUACUUGGGUGCAACAUUACUUUGUGCUGCAUGUGUUUUGGUUCUAUUAGGAUUAAGUUUUGGAUCUUCAAGUCAAUUCUCAUGGGAUUCAGCCCAAGUUAUAUGUUGUUUUGUAAUUGGUGGAAUUAUGUCAAUAGCGUUCUGUGUUUGGAACUUUAAAUAUUCCAAGUAUCCUUUAAUUAGUUUAGACUUGGUUCAGUCAUUAGCUUGUGAUGCUUCAGUAUUGGUUAUAACAACCACAUAUUCAUACCUUAUUAUGAAUCAAUUAUAUUUAUCAAUUUACUUUCAAGUUAUUUUAGGAUAUGAUGGUUGGCAUUCAGGUAUACAUCUUUUACCUAUGAUUAUUUCUUCAGUUAUUGCAUCAAUUAUUGGAGGAGUUACUCUUCGUAAAGUUAGAAUUGUUAAACCAUUUUCUAUUCUUGCUGCAAUCUUUGGACUUGUAGGUAAUACUAUUUUAUUAUUAUUAAAGGUUGAUUCAACAUUAGGACAAAUCAUUGGACUUUUAAUUUUACCUGGGUUAUCUACUGGAUUACAAAUGCAAUCUACAGUUAUGCUUAUGCAAUUAAGUGUACCAAAGUCAGAAGGUAGUACGAUUAUGGGAACUACUUUCUUUAAUUUUGGUAGAUCAAUGGGAGGUGCUACAGGAGCAGAUUUAGCUACAUUAACUUAUAAUGAAUCACUUAAAGCUAUUUUAAGAAAGGCUAUAUCCAAUGAAACCAAUCCUCAAAUCUUAUAUGAUUUAAGUAAAGUUAAUUUAAGUGAACUUAUGGUUAAUACUUCACUUAUUAAAACAUUAAAUCCUGUAACACAAGCAUUUAUUAAGGAUCAAGUAAUGAAAGCCAUUAGAAAUGUUUAUCAUUUAGCUGCUGGAAUAGGUGCUUUAUGUGUAAUCUUUUCAUUAUUCCAGAGUAAUCAGAGAGUACCUAAAAAGAGUAAAGGAGCAGAUCUAGAUGAUGAUGAACUGGAAAAAGGCGAACAAGAACAAGAGAAAGUAGUUAAUGAUCAGGAACAAUCCAAUGAUCAACAACAAACCAGCUUAGCCAAUAAUACCGAUACAGAACCUCGCUAAGCAUUGCAUUU